GCGGCCGGGCGGUGCUCUCCCGCCGCCUGAGUGGGCGCGGCGCGGGACGGCGGCGCGGGGUGCCGGGAGCCAUGGGCUAUUGCAGCGGCCGGUGCACGCUGGUGGCCGUGUGCGGCGCGCAGCUGGUUUCUGUGCUCGAGAGGCAGAUAUUUGACUUCCUUGGUUAUCAGUGGGCACCCAUCCUCGCAAAUUUUAUACACAUUAUUAUAGUCAUACUUGGCUUAUUUGGAACCAUCCAGUAUAGACCUCGUUACAUAACAGGAUAUGCUGUCUGGCUGGUCCUUUGGGUUACAUGGAACGUGUUUGUUAUCUGCUUCUAUUUGGAGGCUGGAGACCUUUCAAAGGAAACAGAUCUCAUUCUGACCUUUAACAUCUCAAUGCACCGUUCCUGGUGGAUGGAGAAUGGGCCAGGCUGCACCGUGACCUCAGUAACCCCAGCACCGGACUGGGCACCAGAGGAUCAUCGUUAUAUCACUGUCUCGGGGUGUUUCCUUGAGUAUCAGUACAUAGAAGUGGCUCACAGCUCUCUUCAGAUCUUCCUUGCACUGGCAGGCUUCAUCUAUGCCUGUUAUGUUGUGAAGUGUAUUACUGAAGAAGAGGACAGCUUUGAUUUCAUAGGUGGAUUUGACUCUUACGGCUAUCAAGGUCCACAGAAGACAUCUCAUUUACAGCUUCAGCCCAUGUAUAUGUCAAAGUAAACAUGGGGACUACUCAAGGUGGGCUAGAGGACCUGUUCAAAUAUCUCUUUCAGGAUGGCCUCCUGGUUCUUCAAAGAGAAAAGAAAUCCAAUUUUUGUGCUAAAAAUUAUGUAUAAAAGCUGAUUGAACAGUGAGACAGAAAACAACAGAGACCUGCAGCCUCUCUUUCUAACAGGUACUAAAGGAGAUGCUCCAGACCCCCUCCUUGAACCUCCUGCCUCUCAGCACCAGAGGGACGCAGCAGAGGCAUCGGUGCCACCUUUUGUCCCUUUUCUCCCCUGGCCACCGCCGGCACGGCCCAUCUGGAUUAAGACAUGAACCCAGCCCACUCAGUGCUGUGGGAGCCUCCUCCACACUCCGGGCCGCAUUGAGUCUCCUCAGUCAACACAACACUGAAAUACCAGGAUGACCUUGCAGCAGAAGUCAAUAGACAGCGCAUUGUUUGCCCUGAAGGCUGUACAGUUCAUACUUGCCUUAACCCAACUGCGUUGCACAUUAGAGAAACUACGUGCAAGCUUUCUGAAGUUAACAUGCUGCUGUUAAUUCUGAACGAUUUCUAAGUCAGUGGUUUUCUUCUGUUUGGUUUUGCUUUGUUUUCAUGUCAGGGAAUAAGGCUCUGUUGCUCCAUGGCUCCAGAGCAACCAAGUAGAAAACUGCCAGCUGUCUGAUAAGUGCUUUACUUUUGGGGCUCCACAGUGGUCAAGAAAUAGUUUAUAAUGAUUAAAAAGAAAAAUAAAUAAAGAAAUAACUGAGACCUUUUGGGGGUCAGGAUGGGGAAAGGGGUAACAGAAACUAAUAAUUGAACCUACUGGAAAUAAGCAGCAGAAACAGUGCUUCUUAAUCCCGCUGGUUAUAUUUAUCGCACUGUAGGUGCUUUUAUAGCUAUCUCUAAACAUCUUUUACUAACUACAGAGACAUCUGCAGAUUUCUAUGAACAAAGGCCAACUGAAUAUGUACUAGCUAUGUUUACUCUUUUAUAUCUGAUUUCAACUAAAAAUUCUCUGUAAGUGAGCUUUUUUUUUUUCUAAUUGCACCAUAAGGGAUCCACAUAUUUUAUUUCUCGAUUUUGGUUGGAGAGGGCAGGGAGGGACUAGUUGAGUUGAAGAAAUACUGAAGACCUUUUUGUGGUAUAUUUGGGGGAUCUGUUGUGUGUUAGAACGUGUAUUUUAUCUUCCUGUAUUAUUGUGGCUGAAAAAAAACCCUCUGUGCUGUUACGUAGUUGGCAACAAGAUGCCUUUGGGAAUUUUGCUAGUAGGUCAAUGUGUAUAUGAAAUACUCUGAACUCCUAGGAACAUAUGUUUUAUUCUACAUCUGAUCUGUAUUUUCAAGAACGUAGAUGGCUUUCACUAGGAAAACCCAAUAUUUUGCUCAGGUUUUUCGGAAACUUGGAUUGUCAUUGUUUAUUUGCUCAGACCUUGCAUAGACAAACGCACGCACCUACCACACCUGAGGUGACCACGUAGCUUUUGAGGGCAAGAGGGAAGGUCAGCUCUUGGAAAUGCUGGAGGCACCCCUGAGCAACUCCCCUUUCCCUGCUGGCCAAACCCUUGCUCCAGAGGCCUGUGAGCUCACACCACUCACCCAUCCCUGUACAAGCCAGUGCCCUUUGCUGUGUCUGCAUGGAUGUACAGUGUCACAAGCAGCAACUCUGGACAAUGACAGAGGAACAGGCAUUCACCAGUGAAAACAAGAUACGGGACACAUUCAGGAGCUAUACCUACAUUGAUUCAGUGAGAUUUAUAUAGAUAUAGAUAGAUAUAUAUAUAUGUAAGUGUGUGAAGGUGUGUGUAUGUCUAUAUAUAUAAAAUACACAGGACUAGCUAUUUUUGGGGGCUGCAUCACACAGGAAGAUUCUGAUGCAGUGGAUCAAGGGUUCCCAUCUCAGAUACUGCUGGGAAUUUCAUGUAUGAAAUAUGAAUGUCCCCUAGGCCUGAUCCUGUAAAGCAUUCAUUGCUGAUUUGGAUCUCAAAUUUAAAUUUUCAUACUUGAGUACCUGAAAAUAUGAGUUCCUGCUGGCUAGAGAUGCUUUUCACCCCCUGGAAACCCCAUGCAACUUCCCAGUGACAGGCUGAAAUUUCCUAUAACUUGCAAAACUAAAAAAAUUUCUACUUUUAUGUAGUAUUAAAUAUAGCAGAUGUACAGUAUUAAACACAAUGAAGAGGUUUAAAUGGGAUGAAAAUGUCAUAGCAGGUUAUUUUAUCUAUCCCUGUAUACCAGUAAAUCAAAAUGAUAUUUCUAUAAAAAUCAUUUUUUAACAUGAAAAGAAACCAGUUUAGGCACCUAAGCAGCAAUCCAAUUUUCAGAAGAUAAUUUUUCAUACCUUUCAGUGAUUUCCCAUGGAACAGCGGCUACUGGUAGUUAGCAAUUUUAGAAGUCAGAUAAUUUAAUGAAGUGUCUACACGUAGCUAAUAGGCCUGAUUUUAAAUUAGAAAAUUUUGGCCUUAAUUUCUUUGUGUCUUAGUCUUCCCACCCAUAAUACAGGAAUAAUAUGUGCCUCACAGGCUUUUUGUGAGGUCUGAAUUGUUAAUGCUUGUAAAAUGCUUAGGAAAUAGGAAGCACAUCUAACUACUAUGGAUUGCAAUAUAAAUGUGUAUUCAUAUAUUACAUAUAGAGUAGAUACACACACUCACAUACACACAGUAUAUAUAUACACAUGCAUACCUAUAUGGAGUCGGUAUUCAUAACUCUGCUUAAGUUGCAGCUAAAGCACCACCAUUAAAAAAAAUAGGACUGUUGACUACUCAACUAAAUGAUUAGUGGAGAGAUCUCUUCUGGAAGCAGUUUAGAGCACAGUAAUGUGAGAAUAUCUGGACGGCAUUUUUGAUUUGUACAGCUGUAUCCUCCUCAAAAUCCAGUAAAGAAUGUUAUUUUUCUAGGCUGGGCUUUUGUUAUAAACUAAAAUAUUCAGAAGGCAAGAGAUACAAUCCAAAUGUGUCUUUUUUUCUUUUCUUUUUUGGCAUUUGUUAAUUCUGAAUGUAUUUUUAACAAAAGUGAUUUUUUUGACUUACUAGUGUAAUUUGCAUUUAAAAAAAAAAAUAAAUGGAAAAAAUAUAGGUUUCCAAGCUAUUCAUGGCCCCCUGCUGCUAUUCAGAACUUACAGGAAACUCAGAAUUACUCUUCCCAGCUGAACAACAAUGCAGGAUAAAGAAUCCUAUUACAUUUACAUGAUGACAAUCCCGAUCUGUGCAGUGCAUGGAUGUGACAGCACUGAAUAGAAAUUGCCGGGUCAUGACACCAUUUUAACGCUGUCAUAUAUACCAGGUAUUUUCAUUAUCACUGACACUAAAAGGUUUCUUUUACAAGGCUGACUGCAACGCACUCUACUUAGAAAACAGGGCUGGUUUUGCCCACUCAUCAGGAAUUUUAAGCUCAUGAUAGGUAUAGAGUUGCCUACAGUGUUAAGCAUUGCAAAAAUAAUACUUGUUAAGAAGGAGCUGUGUAACAUGGAUAUUUCCUCUGCAUUCUUAUUCUUUUAUAUGCUAUUUAUUUUCCCUACACUGAAAUGAUGGAAUCCUGUCUUAGGCAAAAUGUUUAUAGAGCUCACAUAUAUUGACAGCUUGCCUGAGGUCAUUUAAUAAAGAUGGAGCAGAAUGAUAUACAUUUUGAGAUACUCGGUCAUGCUCUCUUAGGAUGACUCCUUAGAAAGAGAGUUCUUUCACUAGGAUUUUUUAAGUCUUCAUAAUAGCGCAAGUGAUAUUUUCAGUCAGGUAAGGAGAAAUGGUUUGUGCUCCACUUACUUAAUCUAAGUACCGUUUACAAUACUCCACUGCUGCACAGCAUUUUGACAAAGUCUGGCACAGUCCUGUAUUGAUUGCUGGAUGUCUCCAGAUAGGAAUGGCCAUUAACUCAGUGUCUGAAGCCUUUCAUCACUUGCAUGCUCACCUUCCAUUUGAGCACAUUGAUAGUAGACAAAGCAAAACUCCACACUCCGUGAAUCACUCCACCUUGCAAUAUUUUCAUUUCCAGUCCUCUGUUUUAUUUUUAAAGGCAAAUACUAAGAGGAAAAUGGAAAGCCCCAUUAAUAGUCUAUGUGUAUGUAUUGCUUGCUGUCUACUGAUGAGUAGCUGAGAUGAAAGUGAUGGACUUCUUGAGUUUGUUUUCUAGCUAUUCCAAAUCUGGCUUCUCCACAGUAUAUGUGGAUUGACAGCAGACACUAAAGGUAAGCCAGGUGUUGUUGAAGAACCAAUACACAGCAAUGCUGCAGACAGCACUGUGUCCACUGCUCCUUGGAGAAAGAUGAAGACAGUUGUUAAGCUAAUUGGUCUGCUUCAAGCUAUGUGCAGUAUUAAAUGCAAUUACAAUGCAUAAAAGAAACUGCCCUUUAGGCUGCAAUUACUCAUUCACAUACAGAAGUGGCACAGCACAGAAUCAAUCAGUAAAAGGGAUUUUCCUCCUGUAGUCACCACUAUGCUUCAUCUCCUGACAUGGAUUGGAGAAAUCAGCUCUGUUUGAUCUCAUGUCCUGACAAGUCCCUCUGUUCAGACCUUCAACAUGAGAAGCAGUUACAGCUAGUUAAAGUUGAGACCUUGGCAUAGCUGAGUGGUCUAGGAAGAUACUGUACCAAAUGUGAAGUUCUAAGUAGCACCAUACAUACAUUUGUUGCACAUCUCUCUCCAUAUGUUCAAAAGAAGUGUCUUUUAAAAAUGCAUUUUUCCUUUAUCUCUCAGAAACCAAUUGAAACAGAUUAUGUCUUUUGCAAGUGUCUUCCAAAAUCUUGCCAAGAUCAUGAAAGAUGUUUUUUAAUAAAAAAUCCAAUAAAACCA